UGAAGAUAGUGGGAACAAGAGAGAAGGACGAGCUGGACCGGGACAAAGAGAGGGACAGCAGGAGAGACAGACAGGAAGGAAAAAGAGGACGGAGUGAAGGAGGAUAGGAAGAAGAGGGACGGGGAUGAUGAAGACGUGGACAUUCAGAUAUGUAGACUGUGUUCUGGAAAUGGAGCAGGGCGUCCAGUUAAAGAGCUAAUAAAGCAAAGGACAGAGAGGGAGACAAGGGAGGAUGCAGGAGGGAAUAAGAUCGCCUCUUUCCUUAUGGACGAUGGAGUAGUUUGACUCCCUGGCUGGUGGAAGAGACAAGACAAAGAGUAAAAUGUUCCUUCAAGAUGGUUGAACUUUUUGUCAGCUGCUGAGAGAAAAUGUAAUAUAAAAAGAGAGAAAUAUAGAGCAACUGACAGGUGGUAUAAUGCUGAUCCUGUGUCUCAUACAGUGAGACAGUCAUCAUGAAAUACUCCAAAGAUAGGAAGCAAAGUCAGACAUCUCACUAUUGGUGCGACAGUUUUGAGAUAACGUGUGUGAACGGGAACAUUCUCCAAGUCUGUCCCCUUUAGAGCAUCAAAAGGAUAAAGAAGACUGGGGGUGUCUGGGGUUCUGGAUGUGGACGAAUCCACCCUAAAUGAUUUGAAAUCCUUAAAGGCAGAUGUUGCCAACAGGAACCGGUGCAUCCAGUCUGAAGAAGUUUCUACAACAAGCAACUUGGAACAUUUUGAAGGUUGUGUUGCUCUCUAAGCAACCCUGCACAUGUAUGUUGAGAUCAUUUUCUCACACGUUUUGAACUUUCUGUCAGGAAUUCUUUCGAAACCAGUAGGACAUUUGUUUUUUUUAGUGGCUCUGGAGAGAUGGCUUUUGUGAGGAGAAGGCUAUUCAACAGGAACUUCUCUUAAAGGCCGAUCCACCAAGAAUCUCUCUCAAGGUCCAGUACUAUCCACCAGGAACUUACAUGUAUGGAAAUACAAUGUAUUUCCACACAGGACCUCUUUUGAAGACUUUACAUCACCCAGGAACCUCUCAUUAAGAAUGUGUCCACCAGGAACUGCUGCUGAAGGUGUGAUCCUUUUUUAAAUUGUAGGAAACCUUCCAAAAAUGAUCCUCUCUUCAAGGCUUUAGUUCCAUCUACGCUAACUUGAGGUUAGCAUAAACAUCAGGAAUCUCUCUGCAAGGUUACAAAUCUGCAAAGAAGAAAAAGUUUAAUAUCCAACUGGAACUCCUCUUUUGGGUCCUAUAAGUCUCCACCUGAAACCUCUCAAUAAUGUUUAAACGUCCACUUGAAAUCUCUUUUUAACGCUGAAUUUCCUAAAUUAUACUGUAUUUUUGAUAUUAAAUACCCACCCGGAACUGUAUAACUACCUGGAACCUCUCCUCAAGGUUUAAAUAUUCACUCUACUCUCACUCUUUUAAAGGGUUUUCAACCUCUAAAAUCCACUUUAUAAGGCCAAUUAUUUAACUGGAAUCUCUUAUUGAGGCACUAUAUCCACCAAGAGCCUCUCUUUUAAGUUUUUAUAAGACAAUAUACCCCAGGAACUUAGGGUUAAACAUCUACCAAGGACCUCUGUAAAUCUAUCCACCAAAAAGACACUAUAUCCACUUCCAUCCAUCAAUCCAUCCCUUAAGGUGAAAAUAUCCAGGAACCUGUAUUUAAGGCUCCAUAUCCACCAGACCAUCUCUUUUUUAAGGCUUCUCCCCCCCAGGAAUAACUCUUUAUGGCCAUUCAUCUAACAGGAUGAUAAAAACCAAGAGCUUUCAACACUCCGUCUAAGUCCUACUAGCUAAAACUGGGACUCUGGUGAUGUUGCUUUUGUGCACCGCUGCUGUCUCACCUUCUACACUUUCACAAGUCAGCAAAAAACCUUCACCUUGCUGUGUGUAAUUUGCACUGAGCAUCUACAACUGUCGCCGUAGCAACUGUAGCAAGAGCGCUGCAGCAUGGGACUCAGCUGCUUCAAGUCCUGGAAACAUGACAGUACAGGCCACAAAGGUAACAGAGACGUGUUGGCCAGCCCAGGUUCGUAUUUCUUCCUGUCUAACAGCGCUGGUCAGGGUGACGAGUGGCUGAAGAGCCUCAACAAGGGAGUCUGGAUCCCUUUCACAGGGGUCUUUGGUCAGCGUCUGGAGGAGACGGUGCUGUAUGAGAGACGUUAUGGGGUGCGUUUGGUUCCUCUGGUGGUGGAGCAGUGUGUGACCUUCAUCCGGGAGUGUGGCUUGCGUGAAGUGGGCUUGUUUCGCCAGCCAGGACAGGCCAGUCUGGUCAAAGAGCUGCAGGAGGCUUUUGAUGCAGGGGAGAGACCGUCCUUCGACAGCAGCACAGACGUCCACACGGUGGCGUCACUGCUGAAGCUCUACCUCAGACAGCUGCCGGAGCCUCUGGUUCCUUACAGACGCUACCAGGACUUCCUGCUCUGUGGUCAGAAGCUGACGAGUGACCGCACACUGGGUUUAGGGGAGUUGAGGAAUCUCCUUCAUGAGUUGCCAGUUGCAAACUUCAACCUACUCAACUUUAUCUGCCAGUUUCUAAAUGAGGUCCAGAGUUACUCCAGCAGUAACAAGAUGAGCGGCCAGAACUUGGCCACUGUGUUUGGGCCAAACAUCCUCCGAGCCAAAGCUGAAGAUCCACAAAGUAUCAUGGGAGGUGCAGCACUGGUCCAGGUGCUGAUGUUGGAGUUGAUUAGAGAGCACGAAUCUCUGUUCGCCAAAGUCCCCCCAUCCAUGUUAGCCCGUCCACCUGGAGGUUCGCGUGCAUCACCAAAUGCUCUGAGGCAGCCUCAUCUCCACCCGUCGCCCUGCCUCCGCCAGCUGUCUCUGCCUCUCAUCGCAGAGCGCUCCAGAGAGCCAGGACAGGCCGCCGCAGACACACCAAACCCCAGCUGUAUCUACUCUGCUGCUGCCAAAUCAGACUUGUCCUCUGGCCAGAAGAGAAUUCUCGGCCAUCGCUACACCUCCUCCCACCCAGAGAACUGCUUCUACCCCCUGCCCUCCUCCAGUCAGCCCCUUCAGCACCACUCUGACAGACACAACAUAGAUUAUCACCAGCACCAUGCUGGCCAAGGACCAUCCCCUGCAAAGGCCUGGUCAGGCCCGGGAGAAGCAGACGCUGGUUUCUGGAGUUCUGGUGCUGCAGAGGAAGAGGGUGCAGUGCCAGAAAUAGCCAGCGGGGGCAGCAGUGAUGCUCAGGAGGACAGCACCCUUUCUGCCUAUGACAACCUGGACAGAGUGUCCCAACAUCAAAGGAUGGAGGAUGUCACUGGUGGACAUCUUGAAAACAAUGAUCCAGGAGGCCAUAUUGGAACAUGUGAUGAGGAGGCAGAACUAGAGGAGGCGGGACAGACAAGGGACUCCUCCUCUUCAUGGUCUUCCUGCGAGGUUCUCCCAUUGGACGAGAGCAGUGAUGCUGUGGGCGCAGUUAGUCUUGACAGGUCACCAGAGAGACCUAAAAGUUUACCUUCAAGUCAGGUAGCAGAAGAGCAAAAUAGUGAUAAUGACGAUCAUGAAGAAAACAACAAUGACAAUGAUGAAGACUGUUACGACGAUGAUAAUGAUGCUGACGAUGACGACGACGUCCACCACCCUAACUCCCCAGCCUCCUGUUCUGUACUCAGUGACGGCGCCCUCAGUACGGGCAGCUCAGAGGUUUUCCUCCCUUCUGGUCCUCCAGACCUCCAGGUGCCUGAGCCUCAGUCACAGCCCAGGGACACUCGCUCCCUCCUGGCAGAGCUGCAGCAGCAGAUGGCCCAGCAGAAGGCCGAGUACCAGGCCAGGAUACAGAGGUUGCAGCGCUGUAAUGACAUCCUGGAGCGGCAGGUUGCGGUACUGCGGGUCAGUCUGGACCAGCAGAAGCGCAGCCAAAGCGUUGCAGAGCUCAAGAUCCGCAACAUGGAGCGAGCCAAAGUCGAUGCUGACCUCCGAAACACCACGCUGCAGAGAGAGAUGGAGCUGUUCUUCCAGAUGUAUGGAGAGUUCAGAAGAAGAGGAGGAGACGGAGGAGGAAAAGGAGGAGCGAGUCUCUGAAGAUGGAUAGACAGAGAAAGAUGGAGGAAUUCUUUGACAUGUCUGGAUAGGUCAGAGGAGGAUAAGACAGGAAGGGAAGGUUUGUUGCACAGAGCUUGAUGAAAGGGAUGUAUAGAUAAACUGUGAAAGAGGGAGUGAAAGAAGAUGAUCUCGACAGGAGAUCCAACUCCUCUGAGUUGAUCAUUAAGGCAGACCAUGAAGGCAUCAAACCCUGAAGGAAAACAGCGAGGACAAGAAAUUAAAUGACUUAUCUGAUCCAGAAGACAAUCUAAAGAAAUAAGACUGUUCUGUUCCAUUUCAACCAGUUAGCCUCAGGCUGAGUUGGUUAACUUCCCGCUUUCCAGAAGAUGGCGAGAAAGUUUGAAUUUGAGGAGCAGCUUUGGACGUUGGCAAGCUUCUUCUCCUGUGCAGUGAAUGUCUGGACUUCCCCCAUCGGGAGGUGUUGGAUUGGUUUACUGGAGCAACUGAUGGACACCUUAAGUGUCUUCUUGCUUUAUGAAAAUCAGUCACCAAACUGCGUCUUUCCAGGAAGCCUGAGGUGAGGUAUUAAUCAACACAAACCCAGGAGAAACCCAACUCCAUUCUGAACUGUCCCUGAACAACCAACAUCUAGAAGAGUGCUAGAAUCUAAAAGCUUGUCAAGAUGUCAGAACUGCUGUUCUGCACACACUACAAGAUUUUUUGUCACAGACUGUUGUCAUGUUGACAUGGGGGUUCACAACCUACACAACUGAUCUCAGAUGAAGAUAACAAGAUUAUUCCAGUUAGAGAGAACUGUGACUGGAGUGCAUGAUGCCAGAAUUCCAGCUCAGAGUCGGUCCAUCUCUUGUGUCCAUAUAACACAGGGAACACUACUGGUCUUUGCCUUCUUUGAAGACAUGAUAUGUUGUUUUGGAGUGAUCGCUGCCUCCCUCCUUCCCCGCCCCCGUUUUCCUGACAAUCAUAUCGGGUACUGCUCAGACUGUCUCCAAGAUACUCCAACAACAAGCGCAUCCUGUUUUUCAUUUUCUGCAAGUGAUUUAACUAGCAAGUGAACUCUGCAAGUUCCUACUUGUACGAAGUGGUCAAAUGGUAUUAUUGGAGCAAUCUGGUUUACUUUAAGAUAAAGAUAUCUGAAGCAACUGGAUGUUUUCUCACUGGCUACCACACACUGUUUUCUCUAUAAUAAUAAGAUAUUGAAUGGAUGCUAUACUAAAUGACUUGUUUUUUCAGGAACUAGACUAACUUGCUGUGAAGGAAUUCCUAUAGACUGAAGCUGCACUCCAACAGAGGCAGGGUGAAGAUGUUUUUGCUUUUACAGUUUGAGUGCCAGGCCUCAUAAAGACUGAAAGUGUACAAUGGCCCUCUCAAACAUAAAGAUACCAGAAUUCCUGUUCACUCUGCAUGAAGAUGCUUUUCCAAUAAACCACUUAACCCGAAAAAUAAACUUUAACUCCUCUUUCCACGGAUAAUUUAAUCAGUGAUUCCUUUCAGUGUAUUUGUCACUUUCGAACAUGCAUGUGUCCAGUGGGGCUGGUUGAUUAAAAUAUCACAGAUUAUCUGCUUUAAUUGGUAAUCACUGAGGUUACUGCUGUAUUACUCAGGAUGGGAAAUAAAAUAUGACUGAUUUCAGUUUUGUCGUCCAAAUUCUGCUAAAUGUGACUGCUCAGGAUUUGGCGGAUAGGCCCGACAGGAAACUCCUCUCUGACUGGAGGAGCAAAUAUCAGCCAAUCAGAUGCCACAAAGACAUUAUAUACCUUUCAUUAUGGAAACAGGUUUGUUUAUUUGUUUGAGAUAAACCUGAUUUUGUUUUUUAUUCUAAACUGCCUGUUGUAAUGUAUCAACAUAAGAUGAGAACUCUGGUUACUGGAUAAAUUACUACAUAUCCACAGAGAAUGAUUAUAGGCAAUAAACAGUUCAACUUUAACUGUUCUGCUUUGUCAAAUUUAGUGGAAGAAAACACCAGAGAUGCCAUACAAAAUCUGUUGCAAGAAACACUUUUUUCAUACCAAAUAUAACGAAGCACUAACUCUUGUUUUUCUGAUGAGUAACAUUUAUUCUCAAAUUCCAAACUGUUUUGGCAAAGAAAAAUAAACUGUACAGACUAUAAAUUAAAGAAAAUAUCUGUUAACCAUCAACUGGAAAAAGUGUUGAACAGAUAAACAGAAACAUACUAUAAUUCAGUCAGUUGGUACUAUAAAGUCACACUACCAUACAGAGGAGAUUCAGAUGUGAUACUUCAGUCAGGGACAGAUUUAAAGGUAACAGUGUCACACUUUAAACACAGAGCACUUGUGAACACAAACUAUGAAACAAACGUUAACGGAGCAGAAACAGUCAUAUUCAUUUAAUAUUUACAGCUGCUGACAGCAGAGUGUGUUUUUCUUUCUGUGUCAAGCUUUAGGAUCCUGACAAGGAGACUGACUGAGUUACAGGUGGCAAAUUACUUGGAUUUGAAAUUUUUACCCCAUAAAAAACAGGAAAAAAAACUCUUUGACUCAUCCACAUCACGCAUGGAAUCUAUUAACAGCAAACAGAGGGUUUCCACUUAACAAUAAAAGUACAAUAAUAAUAAUAAUAAUAACAAUAACAACAACAUUCAGCCAGGUGCUAUAUUUAAUUUAACAGAUGAGUCAUAGUGCUCAUUAAGCUCUACGAAGCCACACACACACACACACACACACAUCUUGCAGAAACCUUGUAAAAAAAAAGCCAUUCAUUAGCAUUAUGCUAGCACUGUAGAAAUGUUGGACACCUAUAUAGCGAGACAAACAGCUGAAAACUUUCUAAAAUAAAACAAUGUAUUUCAGUCAGUUUUCUCUUACUGUAAGGCGAAAUGUUUUCUCAGGGGAGCACAACAUUUCUUUGCACCGUGACGACUGCAUUCAUCUUUAAAUGCCAAAAGCAAAAAUGUGUGUCUGUGUAAAGCUCUUUCGCUUUUUCUGAGUGACACAAGGUUUCUGUGGGAAAUCCAGUAAUCUGAAAACCUUUGAAAAACUCCAGUAGCUCUGAUUUUUACACACACACACACACACACACACACACACACACACACUUCUUCUAGUAGAUAAAAAAAAAAUCUUAAUCUAUACAUUAAAAAUAUAUAUAAAAAAAAACUUUAACACAAAACAAAUAAGUGGAACGUUUCAGUGAGCAGGAGCCAGCCAAAUUUCCAAAAUUUCCUGAGGUAACAUUUUUACAAUUUUUAUCGGAUCUUUUUUUGUUCUGUUGGUUUGAUUCCUAUUAAACUACACUUAAGGAAUUGGUUAGACUUAUUCUUCCCACCCUGCUUAGUGAAAUGCCCCUUUAAGAAGACAAAUGAAAGAUUGUUAGAGACAGACAGAAUGUAAAGACUAUCAACACGGAAACAGAUGAAGUUUUCUUAUUAAUUUGCAUCCUGGAGGGCGGAUAAAAGAGCUAGUCUCUCUGGUGAGAAGAGUGGGGAUAAAGUGCUUUUACAGGGGACCAUUUUCAACCAGGAUCGCCAUCAUCUUCACCCUCAGCUGGACAAAGUUCUCAAGAUCAGUCAGUGGCCCUCUCCAGGUUAUCUGGACUCAGGGCUUGAUUCAUGCUGAAUUUGUUGACUUGAGCUCAUGUCAGCAUGCUGCAGCAGGAUGUAACAGUAGAAAGGGU